AUGGAACCUCAGCAACAGUCAAGCACCAUUGUCGCCAUAUUCGGAGCACCUUCAGUCUUGGCUCAACAUAUUACUGCGUUGAAUAAGGAAGAACGAAAGAGGAUACCAAACGGUAAGGAGCUUCUAUCUACGGUUAGACAGCAUACAAAACGUCUGAAAACGCUUCAUCCUGAAGAUGCAUUAAAUUUGCUAACACUCAACCAAACAUCAUCAGUCCUGAUACGAGAAACUUUAAGGCUUUUGCGAAGAGGGUUCGAUUCAGCCUCUGGCAAACCUUUUGCCAAAGAAAACUUUGACAAGCAACAAAAUGGCUACAUUUCCAGGGCCUGCCCUUCACGGAUUCGUCUUUACAUGCCCGACGGGAAUACUGUCGUCCUGAAGGGGAUAUUUCUACUGAUUGCCAUCACUCAUCUUUACACAAUCAGGGUUGUCAUAUUCUCUACACGUAGAAAACCAGUCGAGACAGACAGAGAGCAUCAUACAGUCGCACUCUCGAGUCAUCAGAACUCAAUAUUAUCAGUAGGGGAAUGGUAUCCACUUGACUUGGCAAAAAAUUGGGUCAAGCGAAUAGCUGCAGCACAUGUGACCUCCACUCCGCCAAUGGUCUCUUCAAAAGGCCUCAAGAGCAGCUUCUAA